AUGACGGGUAUAUUACGUGGGGUAUGGAGGAGCACGAGACUGGCGAACUACUUGAAGCGCGAAUGCGCCCGCCCAACGACCAUACUAAGACCAUUCCAAACGGCUUCGUUCUUGCGUGAGGAUCUUAAACACAAACAGCCAGAAACUUACGAAGAAGAGAAAGUGGUCAUUGAUGAGAUUAUCAAAAACUCCACCUCUGAGGAUAUCCAGGCCUCCAAGAGGAUGAGAAAUAUCGGUAUCUCAGCCCACAUUGAUUCGGGGAAAACCACCUUCACCGAGCGUGUGCUCUUCUACACUGGUCGAAUCAAAGCCAUUCACGAAGUGCGAGGAAAAGACUCCGUUGGAGCCAAGAUGGACCAUAUGGAUUUGGAAAGAGAAAAAGGUAUCACUAUUCAAUCAGCCGCCACGUAUUGUUCCUGGGACAAGGACGAUAAAAACUACCAUUUCAACUUGAUCGAUACCCCCGGGCACAUUGACUUCACCAUUGAAGUUGAAAGAGCCUUGAGGGUCUUGGACGGUGCCGUGUUGGUGGUGUGUGCAGUUGCCGGUGUCCAAUCGCAAACCGUCACUGUUGACAGACAAAUGCGCCGUUACAACAUUCCCAGAAUCACGUUUAUCAACAAGAUGGACCGGAUGGGAGCCAACCCUUGGAAAGCAAUCGAACAAGUCAACAUGAAGUUGAAGAUGCCUGCAGCUGCAAUCCAAGUGCCCAUCGGUGCCGAGGAGAACUUGGAAGGUGUCGUCAAUAUCAUUGAUCGCGUUGCUUUGUACAACGAGGGUCCACAAGGUGAGACCAUUAGAAAAGCAGAAGUGCCUCCCGAGUUGGCAGACUUGGUGGAAGAGAAAAGACUGGUUUUGAUUGAAACUUUGGCUGAUGUCGACGAAGAAAUCGCCGAUAUCUACUUGGAAGGUGAAGAACCCAGCGUCGAGCAGAUCAAAGCUGCCAUUAGACGCGCCACCAUUGCAAGAAAAUUUACUCCCGUGUUGAUGGGAUCGGCAUUAGCCAAUAGAGGAAUCCAGUCUGUUUUGGACUCUGUCGUUGACUACUUGCCGCAACCAAACGAGAUUUUAAACACCGGUUUAGAAGUUCAUCCUGAUGGAACCGAGACUUCGGUCAACUUGGUUGCUUCAAGUGCUGCGCCCUUUGUUGGAUUGGCUUUUAAAUUGGAAGAAGGUCCAUACGGUCAAUUGACAUACAUUAGAGUCUACCAAGGCAAAUUAAAGAAAGGAGCCUACAUGACCCAUGUUAAGACUGGCAAAAAAGUUAAGGUGUCUAGAUUGGUGAGAAUGCAUUCAAAUGAUAUGGAAGAUGUUGCCGAAGUUGGCAGCGGUGAAAUAUGCGCUACUUUUGGUAUCGACUGUGCUUCCGGUGACACUUUUAUCGGCCAAGGUUCCAAACAAAUCACCAUGAGCUCGAUGUUUGUUCCUGAAGCGGUGAUUUCGUUGAGUAUUGCUCCAAAAUCAAAGGAAAACGGGGCCUUUUCCAAGGCAAUGAACAGGUUCCAAAAGGAAGAUCCUACAUUUAGAGUCCAUUUCGAUGCCGAAUCAAAGGAAACCAUUAUCUCGGGUAUGGGUGAAUUGCACUUGGAGAUUUACGUGGAAAGAAUCAGAAGAGAAUAUGGUGUUGAGUGUGUUACUGGUAAGCCACAAGUUUCCUACAGAGAAACAAUCACCGCGCCAACAACUUUUGACUACACUCACAAGAAACAAUCUGGAGGUGCCGGUCAAUAUGGUAGAGUCAUGGGUGAGAUGAAGCCUUUGGAAAGCGAAAACAAGUUCCUGACUCAAAUUGUUGGUGGUAAGAUCCCAGAAAAGUUUUUGUUGGCAUGUCAAAAGGGGUUCGAAGACUCCUUGGAGAAAGGUCCUUUGAUUGGUCACAAGGUUUUAGGAGUGGAUAUGCUCAUCAACGAUGGUCAAACACACGUUGUUGACUCCUCCGAAAUGGCAUUUAGAACCGCAUCUCAAGGAGCGUUCAAGCAAGCUUUUCAAAACGCCGCUCCUGUGAUUUUAGAGCCAAUUAUGAAUGUUGACGUGACAGCUCCAAAUGAAUUUCAAGGCUCGGUUGUCGGGUUGGUGAACAAACUAGGAGGUGUGAUCAAUGAGACUGUCAAUGGACAAGAUGAGUUUACUGUGACUGCCGAAUGUUCGUUAAAUUCCAUGUUUGGGUUCUCCACCAGUCUAAGAGCCUGUACCCAAGGUAAAGGUGAGUUUUCGUUGGAGUUUUUAAAGUAUUCUCAAACAAGUCCCCAUUUGCAAAAGCAAUUGAUUGAAGAUUACCAAAAGGCUCAACAAAGUAAAAAGUAA